AACUAUGUUUGAAAUUCGCAACGCAAAGCAGUGGCGCGACGUGUUACGAAUUUUUCCUAUAGAUAAUAUUGUUGAUGCGAGUAUGCGACCCGAAAUGACUGCUGUGAUUUCACUGAUAUUGAGCCGAUCACUUCCCUCGCGACUCGCUCUCGGUCGUCCGUCGACGAUUUGGAUUCUUUCGAGUUUCCGUCAAAACGUACGGCUCGAUAAAUCGAGUUGAAAUAGGUUUCGACGAUUCUCGACUCUUUCCGGCUUUACUUUUGUUGAUUAUGACUUAAAAUCAAUUGAAAUGUUUUCGAUUUCAAGUUCAUUCAAGGUUCUUACCGAUUUUCUUUACAACAUCACUGUAGGCAGCGUCCCCGCGAAAAAAAUGUUCGAGAUAUCCCACGGUGUACCCAAUAAUUGAGCUUUUGUCGAUUUUGAACGAUUACCCAGGUGAAAAUGGUAUGUUAGAUGUGACUGCAGAUCUGAUAUAAGAUCUGGUAUAAGAUCUGAUAGGCGUUCACCACAACUUAUAACAGAUCUGACAUCAGAUCCGGAGUCAAAUCUGAUACACUAUUUUUACCUGGCUACCCUCUAUAAUUACUGUUCAUGAAAUAUCAUUGGUCAUUCUGAAAGUAGAUGAUGGACAAAUGACGAGCAAAAACUCAUUUCAAAACGAAAAUUCGACUUACCUUUUAUAUUCACGUACAGUUGUAGUUAUAUUUUCGACUUGCUAGGUUAUCUUGUAGUGACUCAAUUUUAAGCUUCGCAAAUUUUAAAAAUUAAAAAAAAAACAGUCUGAUUCAUAGUGCAAAACUCCAUAGAACUUGAGUAGAAACACUUCCGUUGAAAGAUGUCUGCGCGAAAAAGUAAUAACCGGCAAAGCUCAAAAUCGGCUAUUUUGACGAAUAAACCGGAAAUCGGUAGCACAAGACCAUCUAAAGGAAGUUUCCACUUCGAAAACGGAGACACUUACGAAGGCGGUUACAUUAUCGAGAAUAAUAAAAACAUUUAUCGACACGGUUAUGGAGUAUACCGAUGCAGCAACGGUGACGAGUACAGAGCAGUAUGGGACAAAGACAACAUAAGCUCGGAUUUUCAAGCAGUUUACAGCAAUACAUGCGAAUACAAAGGAGAAGUCGACGACGCUAAUGCAAUGAGUGGCAAAGGAGUCUACGUAUUUCCGGAUCGGUCGUCUCUCGAAGCCGAAUGGGCCGAUAAUUUACCGAUUUCAAAUUUUGUGUAUAAGGAUCCAUUGGGACACAAUUGGCUUGUUUUGGACAGCAAUGAGGAGGAAUUUAUUUUGGCGCCAGAAAUAAAAUUAAGAUAAAACAGUUAAGAAUAUUCACAACUUUGGAGUCUAAAAAAAUAAUUUACAAAUUUUUUGUCACUUUUUUUGUACAGUUUAGUUUGACGUUGCAUUACACAUCAUCAUUGUGAUAUUGUUUUAUAAAAAAAAAGAAAAAAAAGAAAAA